GCCUGGGCAGAGCCGGUUGGGGAAGAUGGCGUCGCUGGGAGCGGCGCGCUGGCUGUUGCUGCUGGGGGCGCUGGUAGCCGGGGCGGCCUGCGGGCCCCGCUACAGCCCGGACUGGCCCAGCCUGGACGCGAGGCCGCUGCCGGCGUGGUUCGACCAGGCCAAGGUGGGGGUGUUCGUGCACUGGGGCGUGUUCUCGGUGCCGGCCUAUGGCUCCGAGUGGUUCUGGUGGCACUGGCAGGGCGAGCGCCGCGGCGACUACGAGCGCUUCGUGCGGGAGCACUUCCCGCCCAACACCACCUACGCCGACUUCGCCUCGCGCUUCACCGCCCGCGACUUCCGGCCGCGCUACUGGGCCUGGCUCUUCGAGCAGGCCGGCGCCAGGUAUGUGGUGCUGACUACAAAGCAUCAUGAGGGCUUCACAAACUGGGGGUCUCCUGUGUCCUGGAACUGGAAUUCUAUGGAUACAGGACCCCAUCGAGACCUAGUGGGUGAACUGGGACAAGCUCUCAGAGAAAGGAACAUACGCUAUGGACUGUACCAUUCUCUCCUAGAGUGGUUUAAUCCUCUGUAUUUAGAUGACAAAAAAAAUGGCUUCAAGACGCAGAAUUUUGUCUUUUCAAAAACUAUGCCAGAGCUUUAUGAUCUUGUUUUAAGGUAUAAACCAGAUCUGGUUUGGUCAGAUGGUGACUGGGAGGGUCCGGAAACAUAUUGGAACUCUACCUCUUUCCUUGCCUGGCUUUAUAAUGAUAGUCCUGUCAAGGAUACUGUUGUGGUAAAUGACCGUUGGUGCAAUAACUGCUCCUGCCAUCAUGGAGGAUACUAUAAUUGUGCCGAUAAAUACAAGCCGGGCACCCUGCCACAGCACAAGUGGGAGAUGUGUACGUCUAUUGACAAAAGAUCUUGGGGCUAUCGAAGCAACAUGCAACUCAAUGAGCUCAUGGAUGAAUCAAGUAUUAUCUCAGAACUAGUGCAGACUGUGAGUUUUGGAGGCAACUAUCUUCUCAAUGUGGGCCCUACAAAAGAAGGGGUGAUUGUUCCAAUCUUUCAAGAAAGGCUUCUGUCCCUUGGAAAAUGGCUGCGUGUUAAUGGGGAGGCAAUUUAUGCUUCUAAGCCAUGGAGGGUGCAGAUGGAGAACACCACAAUCGAUGCAUGGUACACUUCUAAACGAUCAACUGUAUAUGCUAUCUUUCUGAGCUGGCCAGAGGGUGGUGUGUUGAAGCUGUCUUCACCUAUUCCAUCUGCAAGCACACAAGUGACUAUGCUGGGGUUCUCUGAGACGCUGAAGUGGGAGAAGGCCGUAGAUAAAGGGUUGCUGAUCACUUUGCCCUAUGUACCUCCAUCUGUUCUCCCAGUCCCGUGUUGCUGGACUCUCAAGCUAGAAGGUGUGGCGUGAUAGUGACUUUGAAGAAAAGCGAGGAACUAGAUCUUUUUUUUUUGCUUUGUUUUGAUUUUAUAUUUUUUUGAAGGUGAAGGAAUCUUAAUAAAUUGUUUUUCUUGCUCAUCUAAGAGAAUACCUUUCUAAGCCGCUCUGGCCAAGAAAACAGCUAGGUCAGUGCAUCUUGGGUGGGAAUGAAGGCCUGACCUAUACGCAACCUUUCAUCUGUCCGAGAGACGUGGCCUUGUUCUGUUGCUGGAUUUUGACCGCUGAGUGUGGUCAGACGACUGUGCUGAGAGAUCCUUAGCUGGCAAUGUUAUCACUUUGCCACCUUUAACUAUGGCACUGCAGCCUAAUAGGCAUGACAGUCACAUAAGGUAUGUGGGAGUGUGAACAAAUUUAACAGGAGUACUUGUGGCACCUUAGAGACUAACAAAUUUAUUAGAGCAUAAGCUUUCGUGGGCUACAGCCCACUUCUUGUGGGACAGUUAUAAAGAUGGUUGAAUUAGGAUCUGCUGUCAGCAAACACAGACUGUGAAUAAAUGGCACUUAGUUACUACAGUGAUGGAUACAUUAGAAAUGCUUAAGAUUGACAAAAUGAGCGAUGGUCACCCUGCCAAGAGGGUGCUUACCUGCUAAAGGAGAGAUCUCAAAUUUUUAAUUAUCAAAAUGUUCAAGAUAUAGCUGUUAACCAAACUAUGGAGGGAUGGAACUAUUUUCAUGUUUACUUAUGAUCAAGGAACGUGCCUUGGACUGGUGUAUAAGUCUGCACCAUAGAACUAGGCAAAAUAAAGCAGGAAAAAACAUCCAUGGCUUCGGGACAGGAGCAGGUCUCCCCUGAAGCUGUCCACUGCACCUGUGUUUUAACAGCUAUCAGCUCAGGAGCUCUGAAACUGAAUUUUCUACUGACUGAUUUGAAUAUUCAUGUCACUUAAAUGGUGUAAUCUUUAAUCAAAAUGCAAUAGCCUAACUUUAUUUUCUGGUGUGUGAAAUUAUUAAACAUCCUGUUUAGGGUGAGUCCAUUAUGCCAUUUAAAGUCUAAUUGGAAUUAAGCACUUUUUCAGAUUCUUAUGUGCAAUGUAUUUUCAUAUGUAAAUUUUAAAAAUAAAAUUCUAUUAAAACA